AUGAGUACUAGCAGCAGCAGUAAUGGAACAGGGCCUGGAUCUGGAUCUGGGAGUGGAAGUGGAAACGGCAAUGCAGUGACCCUUCCCUCUAUCAAAUCGUUGUUGUACAGCAACAGUAAUUCUGGUAAUAACAGCGAUGUUGUACAGGUACCCUCGCACGCUCUCCCACACGAGAUUCAAUAUACAAUGACGGAUAUCGCCCUAAAUCGACAUAUUGGUGCCAAUUGCACGUCGUCAUCUUCGAAGCAGAUGCUUCCUCCCUUGAGGGCGAGAUCUCAUUCGGAACCAAUGGAUCCUUUAGUGACACUUUCGAAUACUGCAUCGCAGAUGUUGCAUACGCGCGAUAAACCGGAAGGAAUAACGCAGGGUGUGUCGGUAGGCCGCUCGAAUUCGCUUUUGCUUACGCAGAGUUCGCAUUCGAUGGCUCGCCCCCAGCAUUCUGUAUACUCAAUGAUAUCCACACAUGGUACCCCAGCUGGAACGUUUGUUCCGGCUACCGCUCCGGCAAGUACGCCCAACGUCGUGCUGUCGACGCUCUCGCCGAUUUCCACUCCAGCUAUAACAAACAACAAUACUACUCGUGUCAUGAACACUCACACCAACAACAGCAGCAGUAACAGUAACGGUAUCAGUAAUGGACAUAUGAAUAGCAUCCACAGCAAUUCCAAUAGUCAUAGCAGUGAAGGUAAUAGCAACAACAACAUCACUGGUGGUAACAAUUCUAAUAUUAAUGCAGGUAUGAACAUGAAUAUAAACACAGGCAACAAUGGCUUGACUGGGUACGCAAUGGUAAGUGGUGUGAACGCUGGCGGCAAAAAGCACUCCCGUAAGAAGUCUAAGUCAUCAAAAUCUCUAAUGAACUCAUCCAAACGAUCUAACCUUCCAAAAGAGGUCAUCAACGUCUUGAACGAUUGGCUUUUGAAAAACCUGCAUAACCCAUACCCAACUCCACAGGUUAAGCGUGAGUUGCUCGAAAAGACAGGUUUGAACCACGUACAGUUGUCAAACUGGUUCAUUAAUGUUAGACGUCGUAAAAUAUUCAAUGAAUACUACAAACUGAAUCAAUCGGUUAACACAGACAAAUCUAUGAAGAAUUCGGAUAUGCUGCCAUCCAACUACAAUGAUGACCAAAAUGAUGACGGAUCUGAUCCUCAAUUGGAAAUGAGGUUCCGAACUAUCCCACUGACGAGAAGGAAAAAGUUGAUCGAUCGUCUAGAAGAAUUAAAACGUUUGUCGUCAAGUAAUAUGCCUCCACCGAGUCAUCGUCGACAGCCGUGA